AUGGCGUCCUUCGAGAAAGCUAAAAAGUCCUAUCAGAGAUUUCAUAAGGAAAGAGGACAGGUUAGAGAGGAAAAGACAACUUUAAGUGAUAAACUUGUCUUUAACAGGCGGCAGUAUAAUAUUGAGCGAGAAUUCCAUAAACAGUCAAGAAUUAAUACGAAAUCCAUCAGGAAAUUGGGUAAUUUCAAUUUUCAGUGGACAAAUAAAACCUUGUACCCUAAUAAUUUAAACAAUAUCGCAUUCUUUUUUACACUUUUCAAUGGCUAUAGAUAUCAUUAGUUAUCUGUAAUAACACCAAAGACUAUUUCUCAUCGGAGCCCGAGAAAAUAAAUGUCAAAUUUCAGAAGAAUUGUGAAAACACAGGUAAAAUUCUGAAAAUUUCAUGUGUAGGGUGCAAUUUUGUGAAAUUUGAAAUAUAUUUUCUCGGGGUCUAAUAAGAAAUUUUCUUUGGUGUUAUUACAGAUAACUAAUUACAUCUAUAGCCCUUGAAAAAUGUAAAAAAGACUGUGAUAUUGUUUAGAUUAUUCUGGUACAAGGUUUUUGUCCACUGAAAAUGAAAUUACUCAACUUCCUGAAGGAUUCCAUCUUAACAUGUUUACAUAUUGCUCUGUUUCUUUAUAUGGUUUUUUUCAUUCUGUUAAUGUUCCUUUUCUUUUCUGUGAGCUUAUUUUUCCGUAGAAUAUAGUCAUCCUCAACAUAAUUACCUGCAUUUCUGAGUCUCAGUUCGAUAAAAUAAUAAGCUAUAGUUCAAACAGGGGCAGCAUCUGUUAAUGCAAAUAGUUUACGGUAAGAAAAAAAGUAAAACUUCCUGUCAAUUCUGUUGUGUUCCAUGCAGUUAAAAAGCAGAAAACAGUAUGGUCUACUUGAGAAGCACAAGGAUUAUGUAUUAAGAGCAAGGUGAGAAUUAACAUAAAUAGAGCCCAAACCUAAGAGGGAAGGUACUCAGUGGCAGAUUCAAACCAUCAGAUGGGGGGGGGGGAGGCAGUCAUCCAGAGCCUGAGAGAUAAGGAGGGGGUCUCCAAAAAAAUAUUUGUUAGCCCUUUGGGCCUCAGUUUGGUCUAAAAAUAAAGAAGGGCCCCUCCCCUGGAUCUGCUACUGGUGCUUCCUAUUGAGAAUUUAGGGGUUUUGUGAUCAUACCUAAAAGGGUUGAAAUUUGGUCAUGGCAAGAUUGGACACACGUACAGUAUGCAGCAAAUGCCGACUAGCAAGUAAAUGAGAUAGGUAAUGCUGUGAAAGGUUUGAACCCGGGAGUCAUUUCAUAAGGAGGUUGAGUAGGAUCUUCCGGGUGAGCAUAGUCCUGAAACUGUGAUAGAAUAUUCUUUAUUGUAACUUAAAAUUGUAGUUUUCCUUCCUUUUCCUUUUCCUUUCCUUUCUUUUCCUUUCAAUUUAUUUUUCUUUUAACUGGUCCGCCUAGAUUAGCAAUUGCUAUUUUGCGGGCCAGUCUAUUGUAACCAAUAGUCUUAUGAAAUAAAGUUGAAGUUGAAGUUGAAGUUGAAGUGACUGACGCUUCAACGACCUGUGCAUGCUCCACCUAGUAAGCAGUGAAGCAAGCAAUGUUUUGAAAUGCUCUCAAAACAGUCGCUAUUCCUAAACGUGAAGUCCUGUUAAAGACUUGGGAUAUGUUAGAAAGCAUUUCACAUUAUUUGUUACACUAAAAACCCAUGUGUAAAAGCCUACAUUUUUAAAAUCUGGCAAAAGAGGUUCUUGUAUUUUCGGGUAGUUAUUGGCAGUUUAGCCUAAGUAGGUUCUCAGUUUCUAAGAAGGGGAUAGUUUCAGGGUUGGGUUAGAAAAAUACAUAAACUUGGGUUUGGUCCUGAAAUAAACAGUAUUUUAUCCACAACAGUUCUCUGCAAACCUCUUUUAUUUUGAUCUUAAAAAACGUUUACAAAAAACAGAAAAAAGUAAAGUAGUUCAGGCAAAAAACUACUCGGAAUAGUCAAAAACUAAACAAGCUGAGUAGUUACAACAAUAAUUACAUUCUAUAGGGUUGUGACACAUGAAAGAUAAAUAGGAAAAUAACUUAAAUUUUGAAGAAAAAAGUAAUAAAAGCAAUGAAGUUCCAUGAACUUUUUACUUUUAUUUACAUUAUAUAAAUUUGCAAAUCUCCAUGGUAAUGGUUCAAACUGUCUAUCAUAAUUUUACUGUAACCCAGAUAUACGAACCUGUGUGAUCUUGCGUGGCUAAACAGGUUUUCAUAUUUUUGGGUAUUUAAAUGGCAAAUUUCUGCCAACGGGUUUUAAACCACCAGGUUCUUACAUGCAGGUUUUUACUAUAUCUUUAUCUUUUUGGGGUAUAUUAUAAAUCAAUUUAAUGACCAGCUGACAGUUAGUUUACUAGCUCAAUUGGUUAGACUACUGGGCAGGUAUCACAGAGGUCAAAGUUCAAAUCUCGGCUGAAGGAGGCGGCAUGGGCAAGUGUUUAGAGCUCUGGACUUGCCCGUAUUGAGAGUCAACUGUAUUUUUUAAUUUAUGCAUCUUUUUUCUUUUAUUUUAGAGAUUACCACAGCAAACAAAACAGGCUUAAAAUCCUCAGAGAGAAGGUAACUGAUUUGCAACCCAUUUCUUCUUUGAAUUUUAAAGCUAUAGAAACUGUAAAUAGAACUGUAAAUAGGGGCUGUUGAAGGAGGUUAAGUCAAACUUUGCAGUUUCAAUUUCUGAAAAUUUCUUUCCAUUGUGCUGUUCUAUACCCAGUGUGCGAGAGACUGUUUUAAAUCACAGUUAAAAAAGUUUAAGCAAAAAUGCCUUUAAAGCCCUUUUGAAAUUUAAUUUGGCCAAUGUCACAUCUAAACCCUACAUUUGUUGCACCUUAUCUACAGAAGGCCUGUCUAAUAAUCUUCCUCUUAGAUGUUUGAAAGAUUUUGAUUGCCUGCUUUGGAUUUCUAUUGUUUUGAGAAUAUUACAUGUAAUAUUAAUUUACACGAUUUAAUAACCUCGAUUUGUUUUUUAAAUUGCCUUAGGCAUUGAACAGAAAUCCAGAUGAAUUCUAUUUUAAGAUGAUCAGGAACAAAACAAAUGUAAGUACUAGCUCAUUUUUUUUGUCUUUUUUCUUUUUGAAGAAUGUCUCUUUUAAGCUCUUGUAUGUGACUAGAAUGAUUUUAAGUAAUGACAACGCUUCAUACCAAUUGAGAAAAAUAGCCGUAUUUUUAAUCUUUUCACUUUUACAAAUGUAAUAGUGGGCAUGGUAAAAAAAUUCAGAAGCAUUCCAAUUUUUUUUGCAAACUCCUCAGAAAAUUAGUACCAUGUGAAAGUACUGCUGAAGAGGUUUGAUUUGUGUGGUAACACCAUUGGAUUUUGUCCACAGAUUUAAAAGUUGUAGGGAGAAAUUGUUCCAUCAUAAUUUGGUCGAGGAGCAAAAAAAGUUGACAUUUUUGCGUGGUUAUGAUAAAGCAGCAUAGAAAAGCCUUACAGUGGGAUCAUUAGGGGGGAUUAAAUUAAUAGCCCGUCACAAGUUUUUUUUUUCCAACUCUUCAAAAUAAAUUCAACUGACAUUAUACAAUGAAUUUCAGAAAAAUUAUUAUGUCUUUAAAGAUGUCUUUAAAGUGAAACUUUAAAGACGUUUUUAUAACUGUGUGUAUCUCAAUUUAAGGAUGGAGUACAUACCAUCAAAAGAAAAAAGAAGCACACUGCUGAUGCACUAAAACUGAUGAAAACUCAAGAUCUUAAUUACAUCAACUCCAAAAGAUCCAUGGAGGCAAAGGUAACUCAUAUAGUUUUUAUCAGUGGUGUACUUAGAAAAGAAAAUCAAGAGGCCUGUGUUGCUUGAUGGACUAAAUAUGAAGAAUCUUUUUCAUUCUCAACUUUUCUUUCCCUUUUUGCCUUUAUGCUCUGCUCCUUACUUCAUACAAUUUUUGUUUUACAGAAGAUGUCAACCCAACUUUUCGGCCUUGUGCUUUGUGCUUCUCCAAAACACAGCAAAGCCUAGCCUGUGCCAGCGACAAAACUAAACCCUGAUAAGUAACGUCUAUUGCUACAAAACAGCGCUGAAAUCCUUGUUUUCAGGCCCCCACCUGUGUACCAGGAUUUGAGACUGUACACACCAUGAUUGGCCUGUUGAAAAAGCCAUUGUUGAUUUGCCAAUCAGGCUGAAGGGAAAUGCAAAACACACUUCAAGAAAUUUGUUGAGUCCAUAUGGGUCCCAGAACAAGGAUCUUGGUGCUGCUUCUCUGAUGUUACUAAUUGGGGUUAGAUUUUGUCUGCGAUACAGGAUAAGCAAAACCCAGAGAAAACUCAGCUUCAGAAUCAGCAUUUUCCCCUUAAAAAAUUUCAUAUUUGGUUUGUUUUUCCAAAAGUUAUGUGAAUCACUAUUUAAUCAAUAGGAAAGUGUUCUACCUUAGUGGUUUAUUACUUUUUUUUUUUUUAAACCAUUUGUGAUUUCUUUUGUGAAUGACAUAAACCUUUGGGACUGGUAAUUAUUUAGAUGUGAUGUAAGGGGUAAUGCAGGGUCAAUGAUAUUGCUUUUGUAAAACAUAGAGAAAGGGGUGUGUGAGUGGGGUGUAGGGGGUAAGCUCAAAAUUUGUCCUUCAAAACGGGAAAAUUCGGUAGAAUUUGUACAUUUGAACCAGCUCUCUCUCACUCUCUUCAAAGUACUGACAGGUCCCUUAUAUUGUCUUUUUCUUAUUACCAGAAAAUAGAGAAGCUACAAUCCAGCCUUCAUUUGUUAGGAGAAAAGGAUGAUUCUCAGCCUACAAACCAGCAUAUAGUUUUUGUGGACAGUAAGAAAGAAGGUAAACACCAAAGUUGCAUUCUGAAGUUGAAGUUUCGUUAUGGGGUGUUCAGCUAAUACAAUACAGUUAGGGUAACUCUCUUAAAGGUGUCACCUUUAGGACUCACAGUAAUUGUCCGCCUUUUAGAGACUUACAGUAAAGGGAAUAAAGAAAGGUACAGUCAAGCCUCUUUAAUACGGACACCAAAGAGACAGAACCAAGUGUCCCCUUUACAGAGGUGUCCGUGUCAUAGAGGGAGGGAAUGUAUGAUUUUUGGCAUUUCUGGGACCUAACUAACUGUCCGUAAUAGAGAGAUGUCUGUAUUAUAGAGGUGUCCGUGAGGAGAGGUUGGACUAUAGAUACGGUACCAAGGUGUCCAUGUUAUAGAAGUGUUCGUUAAGAGAGAGUUUACUGCAGUUGUCUUAGUUUUAGUCAACAAGACUGAAAAUUGAAGUUUUUCAAUAGAAAGUGCAAGGUCCUCUUAAACUUUUGUAACUUCAUAAAAUGUAACAUUACUUACAUACAAGUGAUAAGUAUCGUUUUAAUUAAGGUUAUUUUUUCGUUGCUGAAGAGAUUAUUGCUUCAUCUGCUGUUUAACACUUUCCUUACUGCCUGCAGUCAUUGAUCUGCUUUACAGUAGACAAAACUCUGUCUUGCUGCGGACAAUGCUCCGCUUGUGCACAGUUUUGUCUCUGUUUUGGCAGCUCUGUCUUUCCCAGCAAAUUACACAACAAACAAUCAGGCUGGUUUAAUGAAUUUGGAAGGUUUGAAAGUGAUUUGGGUUCUAUAAGACAGUGUAUACGUGUUAUCUUCUUUAAACACUUAGAUCAUUUGUUUUUGUUUUAGCUCAAUCAUUCAAUGCUGCAGCAUACUUUGACACCGUACCAGAACUAGUUUCAAGAACAUACAACAGACCCAAAAAGGAAACACUCAAGAAUCAUUUAAUUCAAGCGCCAGAUGAUCAAAUUGUCCAGGUAUUCAAACACCGAACAAAAAUGAUCCAUGAAUUAAGGCAUGCUUACAAUGAAAAGUAGAGUUGUUGUACCUGAAAAAACUCCAAGCAAAAGCAGAUGCUAACGAAAAUGGACUAUAACUUUUAGUGUGAUUUGACAAAUAAUUAGGCCAAUAAUGGUGGAAAUAUAUAUUUUUUUAAAAUCCAAUAUGGACCUACAAAUUCUCCAAACUGGUCUCUAUAUAUUUCUAUAAAGAGUAAGUUGAGAGAAUGUGAUAAAAGGUCAAAGCAUUUCCCCGUAGGUGAUUAUUUUAUUAAUUCUCACGAUCUAUUCUCUUGAUUGUGUAUUGUUAUUGUUAAGAGAAAAUUGAUGUUUGUCACUCUUGGGACUUUUAACCCUUUUACUGCUAAAUGUGGCCAAAGGCAAAUUUCGACCAAAUUUCAUUCCUAAAAUUUUGAGAAAUAAUUAGUAUCAUGUGAAAGUACAGGCAGAGAGCUUUCAUUUGAAUGGUCACAUCAUAGGAUUUCAUCCACAGACUCAAAAAGUUAGAGACACCUUACAAAACUCCAUCAAGCACUCUGGCAGUGAAAGGGUUAAGGCUUGACCUAGGACAAGUUGACUCCCUUUCCCCUUGAAAAGUGAGCAACAAAAACGAAAAGACCACACUGGAUUUCACGAAAGUGAAUUUUAAAAGUGACAAGAUUUCCCAUCUUACAUUUACCGAUACACCAUUUUACCGGUUGUGGGCUUAGCACCUGAGGCUUCGUGUGAAUGUGAGGCUGAGGUUGACCUUGUUUUGAUACAAACCUCUUUUGUUUUCUUAUUGAAAUUAUGCUUGAAAAAUACUAGUUAGCAUGAGAACAACAUGAUUUAGAUUUUACAUAAUAAAACAGGAAGGGUCGUAUCAAAACAAGGUCAACUCUAGCCUCGUUUCCAUCUAUGACUGUAAAAUGGCCUAUUUUCUUUGUGUGGGGCUCAGAUGAGGGUUUACUUUGGAUUAGUACAGUAGUACGUUCCCUUAACUUUUCGUUACCUACUUGUUUUCCUUUUCUUUUAACGGUGAUUUCUAAUUUCAGAAACUUGAAAAGCAGAGACGCCGUUGCUACGAUGAAUUAAGAGAGAGAAUCGAGCGAGAAAAGAAAAUCAGAAAGAUUUCAGAAGAGCUGGAGCUUCAAAAAAAUCUCAUGGUGUGUAAUACUGGUGAGGGGUAACACAAGAAUGGGACGGGGAAGUUCGUCUGAAAAUUCAAAUUUAACUCCUAAAAGCGUGGAAGCGCCAGAUGACGCGCUUAUGUUUUCGCGUGCCUUUCACUUACGCGUGAGAGCCUGAAACAGGCUACCCUAUCAGUAAAAUAUCUUUCUGUACCAUGAUAGUUGCUUUGAGUUUAAUAAUUCUUAGUGAGUAGUUAUAUCUCUUUUAGUAUUAUAUUUUUUACAAUAACUGAGCGAAUCCUCGUGUGCUGAUUGGUCGAGAGCAAUGGUCUAUGAGAGUAUAGAUCAUGAAAAUGACGUAACAUGUCAAGCAAUGCUGGUUUUUUUGUUUUUGGUCUUUCGUGAAAAAAAAAUCUUAUUGUAAAAAACAAAUCGAUCAUAACUCAUUGGGUUAUUAUGUCACCUUCGUUAAAUAAAGAAUAUUGUAUCGCAUGGUCUGCACUCUCAUCAUCAUCAUCAUCACCAUCAAGUCUCAUCGCGCAGUAGGCGUAUAAGACCUCAACUUUGCAGUGAGUUUUGAAUAUUUUAUGGCGUCAUUUCUAUGGUCCAUAAGAGUGUAGGCCAUGGAAAAUUUUUAAGUAAUCGUUGUCAAUGUUGUUGUUCUAGGGAAAAGGAAGACGGGUAAAGAUACAGAAAGACGAGAAGUCGGCGCCAAUAUACAGAUGGAAAAAAGAGAGGAAAAGAUAA